GCAGAAGCUGCUGUAGCCUCGAGGGUAAAAUACCAGAUGCCAUAGCACUGGGAUCAUGGAGCCCGCUCAGAUCACCGUGGCAAUUAUGAGCAUUAUGAACACCAUGCGCAUUAUCCUGGAAUAUAUGCAGAGCCAGAACAUGCCAAAGCAAAACCAGGCGAGGAGGCAAUUGCAGUGUGGCGACGAGAGUGAUGAGGAAAUUGACAUGGACGUAGACGUCUCACAAAGUACAGGCCCCAGCAAUGUGCAAAUCAUGGCAUUACUGGGGCAGGUUCAUGCUGUGGAAUGCUGAUUCUGGGCCCGGGAAACAAGCACAGACUGGUGGGACCACAUCGUGUUGCAGGUGUGGGACGAUUCCCAGUGGCUGCGAAACUUUCGCAUGCGUAAGGGCACUUCCAUGGAACUUUGUGCUUUGCUUUCCCCUGCCCUGAAGUACCAGAAUACCAGGAUGAGAGCAGCCCUCACAGUUGAGAAGCGAGUGGCAAUGACCCUGUGGAAGCUUGCAACGCCAGACAGCUACCGGUUAGUCGGGAAUCAAUUUGGAGUGGUCAAAUCUACUGUGGGGGCUGCUGUGAUCCAAGUAGCCAACGCAAUCAAAGACCUGCUGAUAUCAAAGUUAGUGACUCUGGGAAACGUACAGGUCAUAGUGGAUGGCUUUGCCGCAAUGGGGUUCCCAAACUGUGGUGGGGCGAUAGAUGGAACCCAUAUCCCUAUCUUGUCACCAGAGCACCAAGCCACCGAGUACAUAAACCGCAAGGGGUAUUUUUCAAUGCUGCUGCAAGCACUGGUGGAUCACAAGGGACAUUUCACUAAUAUCAACGUGGGAUGGCCGGGAAAGGUACAUGAUGCUCGCAUCUUCAGGAACUCUGGUCUGUUUCAAAAGCUGCAGGAAGGGACUUUCUUCCUGGACCAGAAAAUAACCGUUGGGGAUGUUAAAAUGCCUAUCGUGAUCCUUGGGGACCCAGCCUACCCCUUAAUGCCAUGGCUCAUGAAGCCGUACACAGGCAGCCUGGACAGUAGUCAGGACCUGUUCAACUAUAGGCUGAGCAAGUGCCAAAUGGUGGUGGAAUGUGCAUUUGGACGUUUUAAAAGCGCGCUGGCGCAGUUUACUGAGUCGGAUAGACCUCAGCGAAGCCAAUAUUCCAAUUGUUAUUGCUGCUUGCUGUGUGCUCCACAAUAUCUGUGAGAGUAAGGGGAAGACAUUUAUGGCAGGGUGGGAGGUUGAGGCAAAUCGCCUGGCCGCUGAUUACCUGCAGCCAGACACUAGGGCGGUUAGAGUACAGCAGGGCACGGUGCGCAUCAGAGAAGCUUUGAAAACGAGUUUUGUGACUGGCCAGGCUAUGGUGUGAAACUUCUGUUUGUUUCUCCUUGAUGAACCCUCCGCCCCCACGCCCCUGGUUCACUCUACUUCCC